GGUACACAUACACGGCGAGGGUCGGAGGCAGCGGCGGAGGAGAGCACCGAGGACCGGGCCGGACCGGAAGGUCUCAAGGUGGCGGUCGGCCUGCUGUAGCACCGGAGCUGUUGUGCCUGUUGUGCAAGGGAAGUUGUCGCAUUCUUGCUGGAGGCAACCCUUAGUCUCGGGAGGACGCUGGUAAAAACUCUUUGGGUCGACAUCUUGACUGUUUGGCGUGUGCUUAUAUCUCCAGGAAGACUUGAGAGGGAAACAAGCGUGGGAAGCCGGAGAGAAAAAGCAAACAGCCUAGAAGGCUCCGAAACCCGGGGAAAGCUGCGAGUGACAAACAACCUAAUGGCCGAGAAACCCCUCCCGAGAGGUACAAUAUAUACAAUACGCAAACUGAGGGCUCCUCUGUGUCUAUUCACUGCCUCAUGCAAAAAGGGCACACGGUGGAGCAGGUAUGGUUAUUUGAGACGAGGGAGGCAACUGAAUAAUGAAUUAUCAUUAUCUGAUCUAACAUUCGUCCAUUCAACAUCCCGAUAAACGAUAUGAAAAUUUACCCGCAAAAGAUGACAGUAGCCAAGCAUUGAGGUGAGCGGGCGGCGCUUAUCGGCGGCCCCGAUAAUGCAAUAUGGGGAUGGCGCUUGGGCUCUUUUGGGGUAGCUCUUGCAUGCUUAGCUUAUCGCCAAAUGAUUUCACCACACCUCAUUGUGUCCCAGCACAUGCGAAAUAUCAGCGGGGCAAUUCGCCAGAGAGCCCAGCCCAAAAUUCACCACCAUAACAUGCUCCUGCGCCUACAGAAGUACCAGUAACCAGCAUGGCUCACCACAGUGACAACGGGGUCAAUCCCCUGAGACCCUACUACAUUCCCCCUUCGAUCGGCGAACCUCCCGAGUCCCUCCCCACACCACCCGGCCCAAAAGCCUUCGCCCAAGCCGGCAACUCAACCGGCCAGUAUGCUACUAAGGCACGCGACCUCUUUUCCGACAUCGACUACAAGAACUACAUAGCCGAGCCUUCGCCAUCAGUUGUACAGACAGUCAAGGAGGUGCUGGACGAGCUGCUAUGGAAGUACUCGUCGGUGCUGAUGGCCCAACCCUUCGAUGUGGCCAAGACCAUCAUGCAAGUCAGGAAACAGGAUGAUUUGGGAGGACUAGCAGCUGCCGCUGAGGAAGCGGAGGAGGCAAGGCGACAGCAAGCACAAGCAGCGGUUGCUGCUGCUGCGAAUCCGUGGAAUACUCAGUUUGACGACGAGGAACAAGCCAACGAUUCAGACUCGGAUGCCGAUGAAAUGGCAUAUUUCACCUCAAACCAACCACGAACUCCCUCUCCAACAGCUACCCGCGGGAGACCGAACCCGAUGACCCCACUUGAUACCCCACGAACGCCUGGAAAGCCAGCCCCUGUACCGGCACAUCAACUGGCCAUUCGAACCCCCGACUCUGUGUUGGAAGUUAUCGCACAGCUAUGGCAGAAGGAAGGUGCGUGGGGUGUUUGGAAGGGUUCAAACGUGACCUUUAUCUACUCGGUACUCCACUCGUUACUGGAGAACUGGUCCAGGAGUCUACUCAGCGCCCUUCUCAACGUACCAGACCUCGGCGUCAAGAACGAUGCGGACCGGUUGAUUGAUAUCGCCGCACCAUAUCCAUGGGCCUCUCUUUGUGUGGCUGCCGCCGCGGCGGUUGUUACUGGCCUGAUCCUCUCUCCCCUGGAUCUGAUCCGCACACGCAUGAUUAUCACAUCCACCUCUCGCGCUUCCAGGCGCACCUUGACCGCCCUCCGCAGCCUUCCCUCUUACUUCUGCCCCUCCGCCGUCUUUUUCCCAACGGUCCUCCACUCCCUCGUCCACCCUCUCCUUACCCUUUCAACACCCCUUGUUCUCCGAACACAAUUCAUGAUCGACAGGGAGAUUGCUCCCGCGAGCUUCUCCAUCGCCAAAUUCUGCUCCUCGGCUGUAGCGCUGUGCAUCAAGCUCCCACUCGAGACGGUCCUCCGCAGAGGUCAGGUCGCGGUCCUCAACACACCAGAGUACCUCCAAGCUCUCGAGGCGCCUCCUCCUGUCAAGGGCAAGAAGAGUGCUGUGGCACCACCAGAAACUCUGGAGACUAUUGUCCCUGUUGGGAAAUACAAUGGUGUGUUCGGGACGAUGUACAGUAUUGUCAAUGAGGAGGGGUCGCAUGCUGUUGUUAAGCCUUCGAAGGUGGUGGAGACAGUGAGGGGAAGGAAGAAGGGGGGAAAGCAGGCAAAGGAGCAGCAGUCGAUUUCGGAGACGGUGUAUAGACGGGGUCAGGGGUUGAAUGGUUUGGCGAGGGGUUGGAAUUUUUAA